CAUGGUUUAAUGAACAACCUCAGGAUGACAUAGUUAACACUGGUAUGCAGCAGUCACGUGGUCGGGUAAAGCCCCCUAAGAGGAAGUUUGAUAAGGAAGCUGAGAGAGUCAAAGCUUUUACUCCUCCUGAUUGGGUUGGCAAACCUCCACCUGGACUACAUUUAGAUGUUCACAAAAGUGAGAAGCUGAUCGAGAAGAAGAUGAUUGACGAAAAAUCGUAUUACUUGUUUGGAAGGAACGCAGAUGUAGUUGAUGUAACGAUAGACCAUGGCUCCGCCAGCAGGUAUCACGCAGCCCUUGUUUAUCACAAGAUCCUGAAGAGGUCCUUUAUUAUAGACUUGAAAAGCACUCACGGCUCGUUCAUUGGUUCAAUAAGACUAGAGCCACACACACCCAAACAGUUGCUAGUCGACCAGUGUAUCCACUUUGGUGCUUCUUCUCGUACCUACACACUUCGUGAAAGACCCCAGGGAACUCAGGCUCUGUACUCCAUACAGGGGGAGAACAAACAGCUGAAAGAACUUUUAGGAAUAGAAAACGAGAAGGAGCUAGACGACCUGACAGAAUUCAACACAGCGCACAACAAGCGUGUAGUGAUAGCAACUACAGGAGACAAGACAGAGCAGAGAAAAAGGAAACAAAGCGAGGGUGGGAACAUAUCUUUUAACGAGGAACAAGAAGUGAUCAAUCCGGAGGACGUGGACCCUUCCAUUGGGAGGUUCAGGAACAUGAUUAGUUCCAGUAUUGUUGUUGCUAGUGAGAACACAGGAACUACGUUACUGUACGACAGUGGUAGAAGCAGUGAAGUCAAGGAGAAUAGUCUCUACGCUAACAUGCCUCCUCUCACCUCGCCCACUAAAACACCCACAAAACCCACUGCUAGUUACCUGCCGGUCGUGAACAGUGCCCCAGAACCAGUCGACCUGUCCCGGAAUGUCAAACCUGUUGUUCCGGAACCCUUCCAACGACAAGAAAACGACGAGUCAGAGCCAAAACGAAAGAAGUACGCAAAAGAAAGUUGGCCCGGUCGCAAACAACAAGCUGCCAGCAUUGCUCCACUAUUAUUCUGAUAUAACAUUUGUGUCACUGACAGACAUCUUAUUAUUGACAUGAUUUAUUUAUAUAACCAGCUUUAAAUGCUUUAUUACUGCUUGAAUUACACGGACAUUUUACAAUAUAUGUUUGUUCCCGUCUCUUCUUAACUUAUUAGUUAUUUGACUCCUAUUUUGUAAGAGUUGAGCCACUUAAGCGUAUUUAAAGGUUUAAAAAUUAAAGGGCACCCUACUUCAGUUUUCAGAGCUUUGGUUAAUUUAGGGGUUGGGUUAUAUUAUUAUCUAGGUUACUGUAUAAUGUGUAUUAGUUAAGUAUAGCAGCCAUUUUAAAGAACUCAA